AUCAUUAUUAUAUGUGAGAAUAUAAAAAGUGUUGGUGUUGAGAAAUAUAAGUGAAAGUUGAAUGUUAAACAUUAUGGCAGAAGUUAACAACUUGCCGCCAAUUGGAUUAUAUUUUGAUUACAAAGUGACAGAUUUUCGUGUUUUUAAAGAACGGCUGGAAAACUAUUUUUUGUACUUUGAUGUCAAUGAUCAAAUAAAGAAAAAAGCAUUGUUAAUAACAUUAUUGUCGGAAGAAACCUACAAAUUAUUGGAGAGUUUACUGCUUCCCGACAAAUUGUCUAACACUGUCUAUGAUGAUGUGAUUAAAAUUCUGGAAUAUUAUUUUGCUUCUUCUAGAUCAAUUUUUGCUGCACGGCAAAGGUUCUAUACAGCUUCAAGAAACGAUAAGGAAAAUGCAAGAGCCUGGUCCGCCCGACUUCGAAGUUUGGAGGCUGACUGCAAUUUUGGGGGAGAGGUUAGGGUACUCAUCAGAGAUAUAUUUGUUACGGGCUAUGGAAGAGGACCUGUACAAGCACGUUUGUAUAAGGAAGACCCAACCAGUGACAAGGUUACACUGAAUGCAUUGGUGAAUUUGGCCACAGAAGUGGAGAAUACAUUAUGCGAAGGAGGACGAAACUUGAAUGCCAACUGGCAAACUGAAAUAGAGUCUCAUCAUUUGAAUAGAGGAUCUGCCGAAAAUCCUGUGUUUACACCUCCCGGGCCAUAUGUUCUGUCACAGAGGUCUACCCAAAGGGGUGAUCAGGGCCCCAGUCUGAAGGGUAUCAUUGCGACGCCGUCUCCGAAUAACGCCUCAACACCGCUGAAUGCGGACGCAAAAGUACAGCCCACUCAACAGCAUUUGAGUUACAAUGUUGCUCAGAACACGACUCCGUACGUCACUGGCUUCCCUGCGCAACCUCAGAGUUAUGUUCAGACAGUACCGAGUCAAUUCUACAAUCCACAUUUGGCUGCAGUUUCCAACCAUUAUAGCAGGAUGCCGAUCCAAACUCAUCCUGUUGAAAAUAGGGAACAAUUUAUCUCUUUGGCAGCUUCUAAUCAAAAAGAGCACCAGCCACAAACAACCGUCGAUAAUAACAAAGUGAGUGGAACCACCACAGGCCAGCCUCUGAGCAACAAUAUUAGUGUCGACUCCGUGCUGUCACCUCCUAAGUUACUGACGCCAGCGGCGGUCGGCCACAAGAACAACGUCGGCGAAAAAACAGACACUGGAAUCAGGAACGUCUACAAGGUCAAGGACACCGGUAACAAGAUUGCCGUCGACGCCAAUAACGACCAUAGUUUCAAGAAGGGCAUAUAUGAUAAGUACAAUGCCGGCAUCAAUAGCACCAGGAACGAUGCUGUCACCAAAAACGACACCAUCGUCAUUGGACAUGCCGGCACGGAAAGCGCCGUAGGUAAAGAGAGCAAUACUAGUGUCACGGACGAGAUCGGCGUUAAGAAGAACGCCAGCCUCAAGGACGAGAUGGAUUCCAGCCUCAAGAACGAUGCCAUUGUUAAGAACAAAGCUGUAGCCGAAAUCGACGCCAGCAGCAAAAAUGACGGGUUCGAGAACGACUCUGACACCAAGGACACCGGUAACAAGAUUGCCCUCGGAGCUAAUAACGACAAUAGUUUCAAGAAGGGCAUACACGCCAAGAACGGUGCCGGCACCCAGAACGAUGUCAGCAUCAAUAACGACAUUAGACUCAAAAACGGUAUCGGCGCCAUGUACGAUGCCGGCACCAAAACCGACGCCGGUACCAAAAGUACCAAAACCGACGCCGGUACCAAAAAUAACGACGGCGUCGAGAACGACUCUAGCGCCAAGGACCCCGGUAACAAGAACGCAGCCGGCAAUGCCGACACCAAAACCGAUGCUGGUACAAAAACCGACGCCAGUACCAAAAUAAACGACUCUAACGCCAAGGACACCGGUAACAAGAUCGCCGUCGGUGCCAAUAACGACAAUAGUUUCAAGAACGGCAUCAGCACCAAGAACUAUGCCGGUACCAAAAACGAUGCCGUUGGCAAAAACGAUGUCGGUACCAAGAACGACGCCGGCACCAAAAAGAACGACAGCGUCCAAAGCGGCUCUGGUGCCAAGGAUACCGGUAACAAGAUUGCGUUCGGAGCUAAUAACGACAAUUGUUUCAAGAAGGGCAUAAACGCCAAGUACGGUUCCGGCAGCCAGAACGACGUCGGCGUAAAUAGUGACACUAGAUUCAAGAACGACGUCUACGUCAAGAACGCUACCAUCGUCAAGGGGUAUGACGGCACGAAAAGCGCCAUAGGUACCGAGAGCGACACCAGUGUCAAAGACAAAAUCGGCGUUAAAAAGGACGCCAACCUCAAGGACGUGAUCGCCGUCAAGAAGGAUUCCAGUCUCAAGGGCGAUAUCGGCGCCAAGUACACCAGCCUCAAGUCAGAUGUCAGCGACAAGAACGACGCUGUGGUUGAAAACGACGCCGGAAUCGAGAAUGACUUUUCAAAUCUCAACGCUUUGUUACCUUAUAGGAGAGGUCAGUGGUCACCAACCAACCCGAAUGGUUUGAAAGUUUACAAGCGAGACUUUCUUUUGGCUCUGAAAGACGUUCCGGCGAGUCGGAAAGUUCCGGAAAAUAUUCCCGACGUUAUUUUAGCUGACGGAUGUGACGAUAAGGAGACUCAGAGGCUAUACAGGACGGUACGAUGGAUGAUAUUCAAACUGACGCCCCAGGAAAUGGAGAAUAACAUGAUAUCAAAUGUGAAAAAGAUAGACACAUGGCAGAAACUUCAGGGCGUCAUCGAUGUGUGCGUUGACAUGGCAACCAACAACCGCGACAAUGCACUCCAUUUCGCAAACCUAUGCAAACAGCUGGUCUUGCAGGUUCCAUCGGAAAAUAGUCAACCACAUCGGCCGAUCUACACUGAUUUUACAAAAGAACUAAUUAUUAAAUGCCACAUGGAAUUCGAAAAACACUCUGUCAAUGAAUCUAGAAGAAACUUCAUCCUGAAACAGAUUCAGGAAAGCAAUGAUCCUGAAGAAUUGAAGUGUCUGCAGUUCGAAUUGGAAAGGCACAAAAAAUUGAGGACACGGGCCAUGGAAAUUAUGAGUUUCAUGGGUGAACUGUACAGUCAAGAAAUGUUGACUGACGAAACCAUGAUAAGAUGCUUUUCGAUCCUGCUCGACAAACAUGCACAUGUGCGAAUAUCUCUGGCGUCGGGAAGUCCGUCACAAUAA